AUGUCAAGAAGUUUGCUGCGACGACUGGACUGCACCAGGCAGUCGGUCUGGAAAGGCAGGUGCAAUGGUGCCCGGCUAUAUUCGACAGCCGACAGCGAGCGGCCCUUCAGAUGCGCCGUGAUAGGUUCAGGCCCGGCAGGCUUCUACGCUGCCUAUCGCAUGCUGCAGAAGAUGCCAAAUGCUCGCGUCGACAUGUACGAGGCCCUGCCCUCCCCCUACGGUCUGGUCCGCUUCGGUGUCGCUCCAGACCACCCGGAAGUAAAGAAUUGUAUAGAUAAGUUUGUCGAAGUCGCGUCCCAUCCUUCAUUUACCUUUGUUGGCAACACCGCUAUUGGCUCCGCUCCCUCCUCUUUGCCUCUGUCCUCGAUCGCUCCUCAUUACAACGCCCUCCUCUUCUCCUACGGUGCCUCGCAAGAUCGCAAGCUGGGAAUUGCUGGAGAAGACCUGAAGGGCGUCGUAUCCGCUCGUGCCUUUGUUGGCUGGUACAAUGGUCUGCCAGAGUAUGCAAAUCUGAACCCUGCCCUUGACAGCAGUGAUGAAGCUGUUGUCAUUGGUCAGGGAAAUGUUGCUUUGGAUGUAGCGAGAGUUCUUCUAUCGCCACUCGACAGGCUCAAGAACACAGACAUGACCGAGGCUGCUUUGGAUACUCUUUCUAAGAGCAGAGUGCGUAGAGUAAGAGUCGUCGGUAGAAGAGGGCCUCUGCAGGCCCCAUACACCAUCAAGGAAGUCCGCGAGCUGAUGCAACUCCCUGGUGUUGCCUUCAACACUCCCGAUCAUUCCCUCUUCCCUACAGAUACGAAAAAGCUACCCCGGCCUCUUAUGCGUAUAGCUCAAGUCAUUGAGAAGGGCUCCCCUACCUCGAUCGCCGAAGCCGCGCGGCAGUGGGAACUGCACUACAUGCGCAGUCCAGUUGCUUUCGAAGAAGACUCUUCCAAUGCCGGUUCUCUCGGUGGCGUCCGCUUCGACGAAAUGGAGUUCACCCAAGACCCUUCUUCCGUCCCGCUGAGUGAUCUAGACGCCCUACGGAGCAUGCGUGUCAAGAAAAAGGAAGCCGGCAAACAAGAAGUUNUUUCUACAAAUCUUGCUUUCCGCUCUGUUGGUUACCAGUCAGAACCUCUUGAAGGCUUUGAAGAGCUCGGCAUACCCUUUGAUCGCAAAAUGGGCAUCAUCCCCAACGAUCUGUACGGCAGAGUGCUGAGCCCUGAUCGUGGCCCAGGUGCACUCGGUGCCGGACAUGUUCCCGGCAUGUAUGCAGCUGGUUGGGUCAAGAGAGGCCCAACCGGCGUGAUCGCCAGUACCAUGCAAGACGCGUUCACCAGCGCCGACAUUGUGGCAAAGGACUGGGCAGACGGCGUGACAUUCAUCGGCUCCAAUCACGAACCAAAAGCAGGUUGGCAUGAAGUCAAGAAAGAAGCCGAGAAGCGUGGUAUUCGAAGCAUAAACUGGGAAGACUGGCUAAAGAUAGACAAAGAAGAACAGAGAAGAGGACAAGUCAAGGGUAAAGAGAGGGAAAAGUGUCACUCGGUCCAGGAGAUGCUCAAAAUCCUCGACGGGUAA